AUGGCAGAAGUUAUGGGAGUUGAAGAAGGUUGGGAAUGCAGAGAGCACUGUAAUAACAGGAUACUUCUGCUGGCAUCCUCUGUGCUUGCUUGUGAUGAAUGGAAGAUUUUACCAAAACCUAAUCUGCAUAGAGAUGUCAACAGAUUUGGUCACACUGCUGUUGUCAGUAAUGGGUCCAUGUACGUAUUUGGAGGGUUUUCAAGUGUUCUUUUGAAUGACAUCCUUGUGUACAAACCUCCGAACUGCGAAGCAUUUAGAGAUGAAGAGCUGUGUAAAAAUGCUCGUCCAGGGAUAAGAUGUCUGUGGAACAAGAAACAUUGUGAGUCCUGGGAAGCUGCCCAUGCUAAUAACAUCCUUAAAGCAAAGUGUCCUAAAAAGGCAGCUGCUGCAGAUGACAGAUGUUAUAGAUAUGCAGACUGUGCAAGCUGUACUGCUAAUACAAAUGGAUGCCAAUGGUGUGAUGACAAAAAGUGCAUUUCAGCAAGCAGUAACUGCAGCAUG